AGAGAAGAGCGCGACCGCCAUUUUGAGAUUUACCUCAGACUCAACACAUCACAAACCACGGGAGAAGCGGGUUGAGAGCUAUGGUUGAAAUCCACACAGCUCAGGCUAACGUUGUAUGACCGGGCACAUUCCUCACAAGAAACAAGAGGUUAGCUAGAAAUGCAACGAAGUGCCGCGUUUUGUUGUAUAUCGUGUUAGGGGUGGUUUGGGGAAUUGGUUUAUGUCGGGCCGUGGCAACUCUCGUCUCCGCGAACUUCCAAAUCAACAUUAGUGCUAUUUCGUAUUGGAAACGGGUUUGAAUGGAUAGCUUUUUCCUCCGCUCUUCCCCAGACGAGGGACAAUCGGAGGAACACACGGACUGGGGAUAUUGCAGACAAAGUUGUUGAAUGUGUGUGUAUAGCAAAUGAACCUUUUUUUUCAUUGUUGUUGUACCUAUAUCACCAGUUGGCUGCCUAGUGUCGGGUAGCUUAACGCUAGCUAUAAACAGGGUAUUUGUUCCUCAAGGUGCAGGUCGUUCUGUGCGUUGUCUUAUUGCCUCACAUUUCCCGGGGUAAAGCCGGAUUGAUUUAGCUAAUUUCAGCGGGCCUCCCUCCUCGGAGCCCCGGUCCAUCCAUCCCACUCCCCACCGUCAACCAGCGACUCGCACCCACUAAAGGCGCCGAGAUUGGGCGAAUAGCGAGCAAAUACGUCCGCGUUUCUUUACCCGCUCCCCCGCCGACCUCCCCUCCUCACUCCCCGGCGCUGACAGCAGACAAGGCCGAGGUCGCGACAGAGCAGGCCCGGCCGCUGAGGCUCGACCUGUCCACCCCACCUUCGCAUCCUACCACACCUCACCAGCAGUCCAGAACCCGGUUCCCCGCAGAGCCUACCCUGGACAAGGUCGAGGGUAACAGAGAUAGCAGGGAGCACCGCAUCACAACAACAACAACAGCUGCCAACAUGAACCACCACCAUCACCACACGCAGCAGCAACAGAAAGCCGGCGAGCAGCAGCUCAGCGAACCAGAGGACAUGGAAAUGGAAGCUGGGGACACAGAUGACCCGCCAAGAAUCCCGGCAAACCCAGUGAUCAAUGGUAACGUGGCCAUGGCAGAUGGACACAACAACACAGAGGAGGACAUGGAGGACGACACCAGUUGGCGGUCAGAAGCGACUUUCCGCUUUGUGGUAGAGCGCUUCAGCCGCCUGAGUGAGUCUGUGCUCAGCCCGUCCUGCUUUGUUCGGAACCUUCCGUGGAAGAUAAUGGUGAUGCCGCGCUUCUAUCCCGACCGGCCACACCAGAAGAGCGUGGGCUUCUUCCUGCAGUGUAAUGCAGAAUCAGAUUCCACGUCAUGGUCGUGCCACGCACAGGCCAUGCUGAAGAUCAUCAACUACAAAGACGACGAGAAGUCUUUUAGCCGCAGGAUCAGUCAUCUGUUCUUCCACAAGGAGAAUGAUUGGGGCUUCUCCAACUUCAUGUCCUGGAGUGAUGUGACUGAUCCAGAGAGGGGCUUUAUUGAUGAUGACAAAGUCACAUUUGAAGUCUAUGUCCAGGCAGAUGCCCCGCAUGGAGUGGCAUGGGACUCUAAGAAACACACAGGCUAUGUAGGACUAAAGAACCAGGGAGCUACCUGCUAUAUGAACAGCCUGCUACAGACACUCUUCUUCACCAACCAGCUACGACGGGCGGUGUACAUGAUGCCCACAGAGGGAGACGACUCGUCCAAGAGCGUUCCGCUAGCACUGCAGAGGGUUUUCUACGAGCUGCAACACAGCGACAAGCCCGUCGGCACCAAGAAACUCACCAAGUCCUUUGGAUGGGAAACACUAGAUAGCUUCAUGCAACACGAUGUACAGGAGCUGUGUAGAGUGCUCCUGGACAAUGUGGAGAACAAAAUGAAAGGCACUUGUGUUGAGGGAACCAUCCCUAAGCUCUUCAGAGGAAAGAUGGUGUCAUAUAUCCAGUGUAAGCAUGUGGACUACCGGUCAGAGCGGAUAGAGGACUACUAUGACAUCCAACUUAGCAUAAAAGGAAAGAAGAACAUCUUCGAGUCAUUCAAAGAUUACGUUGCAACCGAACAGUUAGAUGGAGACAACAAAUACGACGCAGGAGAGCAUGGCCUGCAGGAAGCAGAGAAGGGAGUGAAGUUCCUUACUUUCCCUCCAAUCCUCCACCUGCAGCUGAUGAGGUUCAUGUAUGACCCUCAGACCGACCAAAACAUCAAGAUUAAUGACAGGUUUGAGUUUCCGGAUCAGUUACCCCUGGAUGAGUUCCUUCAGAAGCAAGACUCCAAGGACCCAGCCAACUACAUCCUGCAUGCCGUGCUUGUGCACAGCGGGGACAACCACGGCGGGCACUAUGUCGUCUAUCUCAACCCAAAGGGAGACGGCAAAGUCAGUGUCAAGGAACCAAUAUGGUGUAAGUUUGAUGAUGACGUAGUGUCGCGGUGCACCAAGGAGGAGGCCAUAGAGCACAACUAUGGUGGACAUGAUGAUGACCUCUCAGUGCGCCACUGCACCAACGCAUACAUGUUGGUCUACAUCCGCGAGUCCAAGCUCAGCGAGGUGCUCCAGCCAAUGACUGACGUGGACAUCCCCCAGCAGCUGGUGGAGCGUCUGCAGGAGGAGAAAAGGGUGGAGGCACAGAAGAGGAAGGAGCGCCAAGAGGCUCACCUCUACAUGCAGGUCCAGAUUGUAACCGAGGACCAGUUCUGUGGUCAUCAGGGCAAUGACAUGUAUGAUGAGGAGAAGGUGAAGUACACAGUCUUCAAGGUCCUGAAGAGCUCUACGCUGCAAGAGUUUGUCCAGACCCUCUCCCAGACCAUGGGUUUCCCACAGGACCAGAUGAGGCUGUGGCCCAUGCAGGCCCGGAGCAAUGGAACGAAGCGACCCGCCAUGCUCGACUACGAGGCUGACUGCAACAAGUCGAUGAUCGACUUGAGCGACAAUGAGAACCCCUGGACAAUAUUUUUGGAGACAGUGGAUCCAGAGAUGGCGGCCAGUGGGGCCACAUUACCCAAGUUCGACAAAGACCAUGAUGUCAUGUUGUUCUUGAAGAUGUAUGACCCCAAAACCAGAAGCUUAAAUUAUUGUGGACAUAUCUACACACCUAUAUCCUGCAAAAUAAGAGACCUUCUACCAGUCAUGUGUGAGAGAGCAGGGUUUCAGCAGGAAACUAGCCUUAUCCUCUAUGAGGAAGUAAAACCCAAUCUAACGGAGCGGAUACAGGACUAUGAUGUCUCUCUGGACAAGGCCCUGGAUGAGCUCAUGGACGGGGACAUCAUUGUCUUCCAGAAAGACGAUCCAGAGAACGACAGCAGCGAGCUGCCUACUGCAAAGGACUAUUUCCGAGAUCUCUACCACCGAGUGGACGUCAUUUUCUGUGACAAGACCAUCCACAACGACCCCGGCUUCGUCGUCACACUCUCUAACCGCAUGAACUAUUUUCAGGUGGCCAAGACAGUAGCGCAGAGGUUGAACACAGAUCCCAUGCUGCUGCAGUUCUUCAAGUCACAGGGGUACAGGGACGGUCCAGGGAAUCCUCUCAGACACAACUAUGAGGGAACGCUGCGGGACCUGCUGCAAUUCUUCAAGCCUCGGCAGCCCAAGAAGCUCUACUAUCAGCAGUUAAAGAUGAAGAUAACAGACUUUGAGAACAGGAGGAGUUUUAAAUCCAUAUGGCUCAACAGCCAGUUCAGAGAGGAGGAGAUCACCCUCUACCCUGACAAGCAUGGCUGUGUGCGGGACCUUUUGGAAGAAUGUAAAAAGGCAGUGGAGCUCUCUGAAAAAGGCUCUGAGAAGCUCAGGCUGUUAGAGAUAGUAAGCUAUAAAAUCAUCGGGGUUCACCAGGAGGACGAGCUGCUAGAAUGUUUAUCUCCGGCUGCCAGCCGCACCUUCAGAAUAGAGGAGAUUCCAUUGGAUCAGGUGGACUUGGACAAGGACAGUGAAAUGCUCAUCCCUGUCGCUCACUUCCACAAGGAGGUCUUCGGCACCUUCGGGAUCCCCUUCUUGCUCAAGAUCAGACAGGGCGAGUCAUUUCGGGAGGUGAUGAGGAGGAUCCAGACCAUGCUGGACAUUCAGGAGAAAGAAUUUGAGAAGUUCAAGUUUGCGAUUGUGAUGAUGGGGCGGCAUCAGUACAUCACUGAAGACGAGUAUGAGGUCAACCUGAAGGACUUUGAACCACAGCCAGGUAACAUGUCCCACCCGCGCCCCUGGCUAGGGUUGGAUCAUUUCAACAAAGCUCCAAAGAGAGGUCGCUACACCUACCUGGAGAAAGCAAUCAAGAUCCACAACUAAAAGCAGCCCGCCCUUCCCUUUUGUCCUCCUCAUCCUCCUGCUCCGCCUUUCUCCCUACCUACUUUAACACACCAUAACCACAGACUGUAACCAACCGUGCGCGUACGUGUGUGUUUGUGUGUUUGUGUGUGUGUGUGUGUGUGUGUGUGUGUGUGUGUGUGUGUGUGUGUGUGUGUGUGUGUGAGACCGUGUGGGUGGGUGGGUGUGCGUGCGUGCGUGCGUAUGUGUGUGUUCAUCACUUUUAACACCCUGCCUGGACACCUCUACAGCUCUACACCGGCACUAUGUCUUCAGCGAUUGGGAUUUUGCUGCAGCUGACGGAUUAUCCUUCAACCACAAAAUAAACUGCACCAACCACCUGCUGAUUGUUGAUUUUGUUUAUUUAAUUUUUUUUAAUCGUCCCCCCUCCACGUUUGAGGCUGUUCGGUUGUUUUUCCUGGCUUCUCUACCUUGUUGACUGCCCGUAAUUUUUUUUUUUUUUUUUUUUUUUUUUUUUUUUUUUUUGCUUGUCUGGAAGUGGGAGACAUGAAAUUGGAUUUUAAUAUUAAAUAAGCGGAGAGGUAGUAGGACACAGUAUAAAUAUAAGUAUAUACACACACACACACACACACACACACACACGAACUUCUAGACUAAGUUUUUGUUUCCUUCUCCCACCUCAUCAUCCCACGCUUUUUUUUUCUCCCUUCAGAUUCUUUUGGGGGUUGUUUUUAAAUAGAAUUGUUUGAAGAGGUGUCAUUCUGCUGUGUGGAAAGUUUGAUGAAAGGAUAUUUGUGAGAACUAACUGACAGAAAAAGAUGGGGGGGGAAAGAGCCUGAUGGUCAUUUUUGCAGAUGCAAAAUGGCGUCCAUCCUGAGGCUCGGUAGUUGCCCUGAUGUGGUUCUAUAUAUAUAUAUUUUUUUUUUUUUUGCUCCCAUCCUUUAGUGCAACAAAACAAGUAUUCCCAAGUUUACACACAAUUGUUUCUCACUGUUUGGUUGGAGGAAAAAUUAUAUAUAUAUUUUUUUUUGUCUCUUUCUGCAGAUCUUGUAUAAUAAAAUAAAAAUCCACAGCAUCUGUUUAAAAAUAAAUGGGGAAAAAAAAUAAGGAGGAAAUUUGUCUGUAUUUCAUCUUGCACGUUGGCACUUAAUGUCAGAGGAUUCUCAGGACUGGCAAUGUACAUUUUGUGGUUUUGAGAUGCUCAGUGACUUUAAAGGAACACAAACACGCAAGCACAUUAGCCCUUGAUUCUCUUUUUUUUUUUUUUUUUUUUUUUUUUUUUUUCAGGGGGUUUUAAUGUCUUUCUCAGUCAUUCCUCCUCUAAACUUAAACACACACACAUACACACACAAGCUUCUUCAUAUUCUCUAUUGAUGGAAACUGUCGCCUCCAGGUGGUUGGGAGCAGUAACUGCGCUGUGCUUACUAGGGCGCUGCAGACACUUCGAUCCUACAGGUUUGAGGGUUGUGUAGAGACAAAACCAGCAUUGUAAGAAACACUUUAAGCCCUAUGAAUUUAUUUUUCUUUUGUUUCUUUUAAAGCACAGAUGGAAUGCUCCCCUAAUAGCGCAUAGCUGGCUCUGUAAAGACAACAUUUAAAAAUUGUAUAUUUAAAAAUAUGAACGUGUAAAAUUUAAGAGAAACACACGCCUUUGUUGUUGGGUACAGAAGGAGCCAGGUGUUCAUAUUUCUUGUGUGUAGGGUUUUCUUUCUUUUUUUUUUCGUUCCUGAUGUACCAUUGACAAGUUUCUUCUGUUACAUUUGGAUUUAUUUUUCUUUUCAAAACUAACUGCAUUGGUUUUGUCUUGUUAAAAAGUGCAGUACAAAGAUGACCUGCAGAAUCACACCUUAAUUUGAUCUUUUCCAGUUUAAAUUCCUCAGUGUAGCAGCAGUGUACGACAACUAUUCCUGUAUAUUGCCUUUUUGCUGGAAAAUGUAUGUUGAAUAAAAUUUUCUAUAAAAACAAA